AUGGUGAACCCGCGACCUGCUGCUAACAAGUCCCACGUCUGCCUCACGGCCGUCCUGAUCUUGGUCAGCUUGGCGCUCAUGGACGCCUACCUGGUGGAGCAGAAUCCGGGUUCCAGGAGGAUCGGCGUGUGCGUGACCGUGCUGGCAGGUGAUGCGUGUUUCCUCAUCGUGCUUCGAUACGUCUCCAUCUGGGCCGGGUCGGAGGUGCACACAGCCAGACGAGGCUACGCCAUGAUGCUCUGGUUCUUCUACAUCUUCAUCCUGGAGAUCAAAGUCUACUUCGUUUAUCAGAACUACAAAUCUGAGGAUGCCGAAGCGAUGGACGCAGGUGCAUCCAGGAGAGCUCUGACGUUGCUGCUGUCAGUCUUCAUGCCCAUCGUGUUCAUAACACUGGCAGCAAUCGACCAUUUGGAGUAUUUGAGGCUGUAUAAGAAGAGAGAGGAGAUAAGGAGUCGUCUCUUCUGGGUGGUGUUGGACCUGCUGGAUGUUGUGGAUGUUCAGGCCAACCUGUGGGAGCUUCAGGGUGACGGUCUCCCCCUGUGGGUGGAGGGCUUCACCUUCUUCUACUGCUACAUCCUCCUGCUGGUGUUACCUUGUGUCUCCCUGAGUGAAAUCAGCAUGCAGGGUGUGAACAUCGUCCCACACAAAAUGAUGCUCUACCCCAUCCUCAGUCUCGCUACAAUAAACGUCAUCACCCUCCUGAUUCGGGGGGGAAACCUGCUGAUUUACGGCGACAUCCGAGUCUCGGGGAUCAUGAUGGGAAAGAAUGUGAUCGCCAUCGUGGUGAAGAGCUGCAGUCUGGUGCAGUACAGAAGGAACCAGCCGGCUUCUCCUCCUGCAGAUCGAGGCUCCGACAUGCAGAAGAACUCUCUGGGCGAUGUCCACGUAUUCAAGACUCAGCCUGUGCCGGUGCUACCAAGGGUCGUGAUCGAGGACUUCACCUCCAUACCAGAGGAAGAGGAGGAGGAGUGUGAUGACAGUGAGCAAACAUGA